UAAUGUGUUAUUCCACAGAAAAUUGCUUAUAAAUACCAGAGGAUACCGAUUUGACUCGAUCCUUCUCGGUUGUUCAUCACACAUGAAGAAACCCAUUAUCCAAUCAUCAACAAUGUCAGCAUCAUCAGCUUCCAUCCGUAUGUUGCAUUCUAAGGCACUCCACGCUGCUAAACCACAGUUGGCAUCGAUGUCUGCUUUUCUAGAAUCAUCAUUCGCAAAGUCUCGGGAGACUAUUGUCAAUACAAAGACGCCGCUACAACACACUAUGCGCAAGUCAGACAAUGAGUCGUCAAUAUACCUGGC